GCGCCCGCCGCGCCGCCUUGUGGGCUCUGUAGUCCCGGAGUCCGCGUGCGCGGGGCCGGGUCCUGGGAGCCCCAGGGCAGCCGCCCUGCCGAGUCGCAGGCAGAGCGUCACCUUCGUCCCCUCCGGGGCUACACGUGGCCUGAGCAGCAUGGUGCCCUCCAGCCCAGCGGUGGAGAAGCAGGUGCCCGUGGAACCUGGGCCUGACCCCGAGCUCCGGUCCUGGCGGCGCCUUGUGUGCUACCUUUGUUUCUACGGCUUCAUGGCGCAGAUGCGGCCAGGGGAGAGCUUCAUCACCCCCUACCUCCUGGGGCCGGACAAGAACUUCACGCGGGAGCAGGUCACGAACGAGAUCACGCCGGUGCUGUCGUACUCCUACCUGGCCGUGCUGGUGCCCGUGUUCCUGCUCACCGACUACCUGCGCUACACGCCGGUGCUGCUGCUGCAGGGGCUCAGCUUCGUGUCGGUGUGGCUGCUGCUGCUGCUGGGCCACUCGGUGGCGCACAUGCAGCUCAUGGAGCUCUUCUACAGCGUCACCAUGGCCGCGCGCAUCGCCUAUUCCUCCUACAUCUUCUCUCUCGUGCGGCCCGCGCGCUACCAGCGUGUGGCCGGCUACUCGCGCGCUGCGGUGCUGCUGGGCGUGUUCACCAGCUCCGUGCUGGGCCAGCUGCUGGUCACCGUGGGCCGAGUCUCCUUCUCCACGCUCAACUACAUCUCGCUGGCCUUCCUCGCCUUCAGCGUGGUCCUCGCCCUCUUCCUGAAGCGCCCCAAGCGCAGCCUCUUCUUCAACCGCGACGACCGGGGGCGGUGCGAGACCUCGGCUUCGGAGCUGGAGCGCAUGAACCCCGGCCCGGGCGGGAAGCUGGGACACGCUCUGCGGGUGGCCUGCGGGGGCUCAGUGCUGGCGCGGAUGCUGCGGGAGCUCGGGGACAGCCUGCGGCGGCCGCAGCUGCGCCUGUGGUCCCUCUGGUGGGUCUUCAACUCGGCCGGCUACUACCUGGUGGUGUAUUACGUGCAUAUCCUGUGGAACGAGGUGGACCCCACCACCAACAGUGCGCGGGUCUACAACGGCGCGGCCGAUGCUGCCUCCACGCUGCUGGGCGCCAUCACGUCCUUCGCCGCCGGCUUCGUGAAGAUCCGCUGGGCCCGCUGGUCCAAGCUGCUCAUCGCAGGCGUCACGGCCACGCAGGCGGGGCUGGUCUUCCUUCUGGCCCACACGCGCCACCCUAGCAGUAUCUGGCUGUGCUACGCGGCCUUCGUGCUGUUCCGCGGCUCCUACCAGUUCCUCGUGCCCAUUGCCACCUUUCAGAUCGCAUCGUCUCUGUCUAAAGAGCUCUGUGCCCUGGUUUUCGGGGUCAACACGUUCUUUGCCACCAUCGUCAAGACCGUCAUCACUUUCAUUGUCUCGGACAUGCGGGGCCUGGGCCUCCCGGUCCGCCAGCAGUUCCAGUUAUACUCCGUGUACUUCCUGAUCCUGUCCAUCAUCUACUUCUUGGGGGCCAUGCUGGAUGGCUUGCGGCACUGCCAGCGGGGCCACCACCCACGGCAGCCCCCAGCCCAGGGCCUGACGAGUCCCAUGGAGAAGGCAGCACAGGCACUGAGCGUGCAGGACAAGGGCCUCGGAGGCCUGCAGCCAGCCCAGAGCCCGCUGCUCUGCCCAGAAGACAGCCUGGGGGCUGUGGGGCCAGCCUCCCUGGAGCAGAGACAGAGCGACCCAGCCCUGGCCCCAGCCCCGCAGACAGCUGGAUUCCUGAGCCCAGUGACAGCCCCUUCCGCCUGCACUCUGUGGUCCGCCCAAGCCUCAGGCCCUGACGCUGCAGAUGAGACUUAUCCCCAGCCGGCUGUCCAUCCUCCUGGUGUCAGCAAGCUGGGUUUGCAGUGUCUUCCAAGCGACGGUGUUCAGAAUGUGAACCAGUGACUCUCGGGCGCCCCUGUGGUAACUUUGCAGGUGGCCCUCGGUGCAUCCCCAUGACCCCUGCCUCGAGGGCCGCCUGCCUUAGCCGUGGAGGCCUCUGCUUAUCCUGCUGGCAGGCCCCCUAGGACUCCCCCUGCCCUGUGCUGCACUCUGGCGGUGGCCACACGUGCUGGCGACACUCAGGGCAGCUGCCUGGCCAUGCUGUCCCUGUGCUGUGCCCCGCGGGCUUUGGUUGCUGGAAGAGGUGGGUGGUGGGCUUCUGCGUCCACCAGGCCUCACUGGCUCAUGCCCCUUGGGGGGCUUGAGACAAAUCCUUUCUGCCCCCCAGGGCUGGCAAAGUGGCCUUAGAUACCAGCUCAGGGGACACUGGCCCCACAGGAGUUGUGAGCCCUCUAGGGCAGGGUGGGAGCCGUGGCCCUCAGGUGUAGCUGAGCUGUGACAUUGCCGGUCAUCCUCGGUGCUCUUGCUUUUUGAAAGAUGCUUUUUUUUUUUUAACUGACGUAGAAUGAAGAACUGCAUGUGGCUUCUCUGUCUGUGGAAAAGCCAUCUCAGGUUGGCGGCAGACGCAUCGUCAUCAGAGGGGAGCAGCGGCUCUGGUCCUCGGAGCUGGUUCCUGUCUCCCACCCUAAGGGCAGCCCUCCAUCGUCCUGUCUGUCCUUCUGAAGUGUGUCCAUCCUGACCUGCGGGUCCUCAGCUGCUCCCACACUCGUGCCAGCCCGGAGAGGACUGGUCCCGGUCACCGCGGACGUGCUGGCCUUGGUACGUGCCAGGCUUGCCUGGGCUGGGGAGCCUUGGGGGGCUGCCUUUGUGGUGGGCGCUGGGGAAGUACGUCUCAGCGGCCUCAGGGUCUAAGGAGCGCUAGUGCCUUGUCCACAGGUGCAGGACCAUCUGAUGUGAUGUGAACUCUUCCCACAUACAUUAAACACACUUGAUAAGUGAG